GUGGUCCUGCUGACACGCUGUAGACAGAUUCAGAUUCAAAAUAAUGAUGACUUUGGUCGCUGUUGCCGCCUUGGCAAUAAAUCUACAUGGAGCUAGCGCUGCUCAGUGCGCAUGCGCUAGAGGGAAUGUUCACGUCCGGUCAGGUGCGGGGACGAGUCAUGCGGUCCUCGGUACGCUGAUCAGCGGAAGUUGCGUCACUUAUGAAGGCGACCAGAGCAGCGGCUGGGUGCACGUGGACUAUAACGGCAGGAGCGGGUGGAUCGCGGGAAAUUAUGUCAACAUUCAGACUUGCUCGGGGGGUUCCGUCACCUCAGGGGGAGGCGGCCUAGACUGUUCCGGGGGUCACCGGUACUCUGCACGUGGCACGGCCUACUACCCCGCCGACAACCCACUGGAGGGAGGCUUCGUGGACAUGAGGGGCGCUAGACUCAGGACGCUACAGCAAUUUCUUGCUGGAAGUGCGAGCUAUGUGAGUGUUGCCAUGGACAACCACGCCGGCAUUGCCUACGGCACCAGCAUCUGUAUCCCCGAGAUGAACCAGCGAUACAACAAACACAUUGUCUUUAAGGUUGUAGACACGGGGUCAGCGUUCUUUGGUAAAGGUCACAGCCGUAUUGACAUCUGCGUCAGUUCCCAGGCCAACUCGUACGACUCCACCAUCAACGGCCAUCUCACCCUUGUCUUUCCUUGAUCUUCACGUCACAUCUGGUCAGCCAAGUGCCAUGUAUAUCCGCCACCUCAAUAAAUGCACCAUCUUG